CAAUCAACUGGUAUAUCGAAUGGGCUGGGUCUGUAUCGGUCAACGAAUGCAUCAAUCAAGGGCAGACAGACAUGUAUGUGUCUUGUGUUGCAUUGCUUUGCUGCACACAUUCAAACCAACGCAACAAAGCGCGACAAGUCGAUUUCUGCGGCACAUGUUCAGCUCCAGUAUAUGGGUUCCCUCACCUUGGCGACGAAAUCGGUCGACAGCGCAGCGGUGAAGAUGGGGCCUGUUGCGAAGAUCACUGUCCAGUAGACCCAUGGCGAUGACUGCACCCUCCCAUCAACGCUGCACAAAGACGAAUCGACAAAGACAAACAGAAAGUGAGCCACAGGGAUGACAACACCAAGAGGCUCACGCACUCGGCAGCGUCCAUGCUUCUCCGAACACCUUUCAGGACGACAUCGUGAAGCGUAUAUGCCACGAGCGAAUGCGUCCCCCAUCUCGUCAUGCGGGAAGGCCAACGGGGCACGAACACACAGAUCGACACAGCCAGCACACUCGCCAGCUGACGAAUGACAGACAGAGAUACGAACCGUCCAUCAUGCUUUCACGCGCGGGCUUACAAUAAACUGCGCGACGGCUUUUCUGCCCCAGACGAGGUAGUAUUCCAGUUUUGCUCCAGAGGAGAAGUGUUCGCGCAGUGGGUCAUCGAGCGGCGGGCUGCAGCACUGCUGGUAGGAGGCUGAUUGCAUAUACGGGUGGAGCUCCUGCUUAAAGAAAUGCCGAAAUGCGGGCGAUAGCAGCGUUAGGCAAAUGUAGACCUUCAGAAACACCACCCCGCCUAGCUGCAGCCAUCCCUGCACACGGAAUUCACCGGGAAGGAUGCACACGAGCACAUUCCCAUCCACCGGUUAGAAUACGUACCAUUCGGGUGUGUUGCUCGACGGCCCUGUGCAGUGUCCGUGGGGGCGUGAUGAGGCCCAUGGCGAAGUAGGGGAGGAAGUGCAGCCCCAUGCUCAACCACCAUAUCACCGGCGAGGGUUUGACAUUCCAGGCAUAGGGGAAGAACAAAGAGAUGCUCAGACACGUCGAUAUCACAUACCUGCAAAAAAGAGGAGAGAGGAAACACAACAGCUUGCUUACCUUCCCGACACCAAUGGCUCAUUCAGGCAUGCGGACGUACGUACGUUCGUUUGAAGAGCAGCAGUGCUGGUGCGAGCAGCCUCCACAUGACGAGAGAGCCGAGGUACCACAGGUGAUGUGAUGGACGCUCAGCACCCGCAUAGCUGACAUACACCAUGUAAAGGAUGAGAGGGAGAGGAGGCAUCAGAUGCGUGUUUUGUGUGUGUCUCACCAUUGUGCAAACGUGACAAGGUCCUUGGCUCUCACAGAAAAGGGAAGACAAUGCGCCAACACCUACAGCACAUGAAGUUCAUUCCACGUCAGCGGUCACAACAAACCAUUUCACCUACUGUGAGCUCGGUGACGAGCCAGAAGGGGACGAUAAGAGAGCUGACCACACGAAACAGCCGCUGGGGGGCGAGGGCGCCCUUUGAGCAAUAGCCGCUGGUAAAAGCAUACAUAGCGAUGCACGGGGGGUUCAGCACCAUCUCACGGAAGCCUGGCACCCAACUGACACGUACAGGCAGAAAUGGGCGUGGGUACGGUGUGCCGGGUGCGGAGAUGAAUGAAUGUCCAUUCACCUCCAUUCGUUCUCAAACGGGAAAGCGUAGAAUGGCGACACGUAGUGAGAGGAAACCACCAGACACUGCAAGAGGACACCAUCGCCUAGAUGAAUGCGCUUGCAUCUCUCUACUGACCUGUGCGAUGUAUUUGAGGUUGUCGAGGUACGGCAGCCGCUUCCUCUCUGCCCCGUCAUCACCUGAUAGGGUCUCUGUGUCACUGGCUCCAAGCAGCGACCUGAAUGGUUUCUCGUCUCCACCUCCUUCUGUGGCCGGCCUCUCCUCCUCUGCACGACACGCACACAGAGACUAGAGGGCACAUCAGACAAGAUCUUUCGCGCUGGUCUGGUGUGGUGUCCUACCCAGGAGCUUCCCGGCAAUGAAUGGGACGGCGAGGACAACGCAGCCCAGAACGGCGCACACAACGGAUGCUGGUGUGACUUGGCCAAGUGCUGCCAUGGGGCGGCAGGGAAGGUCAAAAAGCGGCGGGUGUAAACUUCUGAGCGCGUAAACUUCUGGGGAGGGGAGUAACAACGAAGGGCCGGGAAUUGAGCCGAUUGAAUGGAGGAGACGAUGCUACUCAUCAAUUCACACUUUCUGGCCGAAGGCACUCUCAUAUCCACUGACUCAUAUCAACAACAAGCACCACCAUCCUCUUAACCACGGAUAUUUCGUCAGCGCUGAACUCGUGCGGAGA